GAGUCAGUUCUGGGUUGGUCACCAUGGGUGGUGUAACGGGACCAGUUUUCCUGUGGCUGCAAGUUGUGUUGGGGGUAACUCUCCACAGAGCCUGUCGUACUUUACUGCAGGCUGCCAUCCUCUUCUGCGUUUUAGCGCUGCUGGUCUGGGUGGCCGUCUUCCUCUAUGGUAGCUUCUACUACUCCUAUAUGCCCACCGUCAGCUUCUCUACACCAGUGCACUACCACUACAGUUCCGACUGUGAUGCUCCCAAUUCCGUCCUCUGCUCUUUCCCUGUGGCAAACAUCUCACUGCUGAAGAAUGGCAAAGACCAGGUUAUGAUCUAUGGUCAGCCAUAUCGAAUCUCUUUAGAGCUGGAAAUGCCUGAGUCGCUUGUCAACAAACAGCUUGGCAUGUUCAUGAUUAAGAUGUCUUGCUACACCAACAAUGGCCAGACAGUUGCAGCUGUGGUGCGCUCUGCUAUGCUGCACUACCGCUCUGGUCUUCUGCAGACCUUGAAUACUUUACUGUUCUCUCCUCUCCUGCUGACUGGGAUGACGGAGCAGAAGCAGCUCGUUGAGGUUGAGCUCUUCUCAGACUACAAGGCCAAUUCUUAUCAACCCACUAUUGGUGCUGUCAUUGAGAUUCAGUCUCAGCGGGUGCAGGUCUAUUCAGUUCAGCUCAGGAUCCAUGCUUUCUUCACUGGCAUCAGAUACCUCCUGUACAAUUUCCCGGUGACGUCUGCAGUGAUUGGUGUGGCCAGCAACUUUGCCUUCCUCAGUGUCAUUGUGCUCUUUGGAUACCUACAGUUUAUAUGGGGGGGACUUUGGCCUCCCGAGCAGGUCAGGGUUAUGAUGGGAGACAUGACUCGCAUGCAGUGGAGAAGAGAAGAGACUCGGAAGCGCAUGUCCUUCUCACAAACUAAAAUUCCUCAGAAAGACAAUGAUCAUGUUGCUGAACAGUUGGAAGAACCUAGACAAGAAGCAUCAGUAAUACAGAAAGGAAGGUGAACUCACUGAAGUCUGAGAUUUCCGAGUUUCCAGUUGUUUUGGAUGCGGCAGAAGCCAUGCUGGAUUGACAACAUGGCCGAUGUAUUCAACCUUUUCUGGCCUAUGAUGUUGCAUGUGAAUGUUUAUCCUUUAAAGCUUGGAAAAGAAACCCUUAAACUCAGACAUGGACCACACACCCUCUCCACUGAGUAGCAGGCUAGUGAUUGCUUUGCAACGCUUGCAGUUAGCCAUUGAUUCCUUCCACACCACUCAUUGUUGAAUUUGUGAUUUCCAACUUGUUGUCUAAUGUUUAUGGCCGAUGAGCACCGAUACGGUUUAUCUAUAAUUUUUCUUCAUAUGACAAGGAUUGAAAAGGAUUUGCCAGUAAAUGAUCGACUUGAUUCAUGAUGACGACUGCUAGUCUAGCUUGCUAGCUAAGAUUUUUAAAGAAUCAGUCCAAUCAAAGCUACGGUAGAUAUAACGUGAUUUGACGUCAUUUUAUCUGUAGCCAAUGCCGGGGCGGCAGGGUAGCCUAGUGGUUAGAGCGUUGGACUAGUAACCGGAAGGUUGCAAGUUCAAACCCCCGAGCUGACAAGGUCUGUCGUUCUGCCCAUGAACAGACAGUUAACCCACUGUUCCUAGGCUGUCAUUGAAAAUAAGAAUUUGUUCAUAACUGACUUGCCUGGUUAAAUAAAGGUAAAAAAAUUGCCUUGAGCCUUCUUGGAUGGGCACUUCUAAUGUAAAUAUGUGGUAGCUCGGAAAUUGAACCUCCUUGGGUGCUAUGUAUUUUCCCCACCACCACAGAAAGGCUGAAACACUUGCAUUUUGGAGCUGCCUUACUCAAGAAAGGAAAAAGAGACCAUGUUUGUUUUUGGCUUUAUUAACUCAUAGAUUUGCAAACUGAUAUGUGACAUGUAUUGAUGGCAAAAUAGGUAACAAAAUUAUUGUUGAAAAUACAAUAUUUGGGCAUAUUUCAGUGAUUUAGAUGGUACAAUGAUUCUCUACUUUCUCUGCUUGUUUUAUCACAUACACUGAAAUUAGGCAAACUAUUAGAAUUUUAGAAACCAGCUAUUUUAAAUAAACUGAUGCUGAUUU